UCUGGCAGCCACAGUGGGCAGAUCUUCCUCUGCUCGCACAGCAUCAGAAGAAGAGCGCAGAAACGUUACGGUGGACAGGUGAAGAUGGAGAAAGUAUUAGGACUCGCCGUGGUGUCCAGUAUGUUAUGUGUCGGCUCGGUAUUGGGGAAAUACGUCAGAGGAAUCGUCAACACAAAAGAGGACUGGGUUUUCCUCACAAGGUUUUGCUUCCUGACCGAUUUUGGCCGACUGAACUUUAAGUUUCGAUACCCAAAGUCCCGAUGCUGUCAGAACAUAUUGCUCUACUUUGAUGAAAGCUCUCAGUGGCCAGCUGUGUACAAGAGGCCGGACAAGGAUUGCUACCAGAAAGAGUCAGUACUGAGGCCUGAAAAUAACCAGGUCAUCAACCUGACCACCCGCUACACUUGGUCUGGAUGUAUGGUGGAAGGCGAAGGUAAUGAAGAGAUGCUGAGCUGUGUAGGAGGUCGAAGUUUUCGUUCUGUCAGAGAGAGAUGGUGGUACAUCGCGCUCAGCAAGUGCGGGGGAGAUGGACUGCAGCUGGAAUAUGAAAUGACAUUAACCAAUGGACAGUCCUUCUGGACCCAGCAUUUCUCUGCUGAUGAAUUUGGCAUCCUGGAGACAGACAUCACGUUCUUGGUUAUAUUUGCCACCGUGUUUACACUGUCUUGUUAUUUUGCUUAUAAUUUAAAGGCAAGGCAGCUGCUCCAUACGACCUAUAAGAUGUUUAUGACUGCGGCUGGAGUGGAGGUAUUAAGCCUGCUCUUCUUCUGCAUUUACUGGGGUCUUUAUGCCAGGGAUGGUGUCGGGAAUGGCAGUCUCAAGAUAUUAGGGAAAUUACUCUUCUCCGUGAGCUUCCUGAUUUUCCUGCUCAUGCUGAUCCUCCUGGGAAAGGGAUUCACAGUCACCAGGGCAAGAAUAAGUCACAGUGGCUCUGUGAAACUGUCCAUUUAUAUGACAGUGUACACCAUAACCUACAUCAUACUCUUCAUAUAUGAAGCAGAGUUCUUUGAUCCAGGCGAGGUGCUGUAUGCUUAUGACAGCCCUGCAGGGUACGGUCUAAUGGGUCUGCAGCUGCUGGCGUACGUCUGGUUCUGCUACGCUGUGCUAGUGUCCCUCAAACACUACCCUGAAAAGCAGCCUUUCUACAUCCCCUUCUUCACGGCGUACACUCUUUGGUUUUUUGCUGUGCCAGUCAUGGCUCUAAUUGCCAACUUUGGCAUCUCUCGCUGGGCCAGGGAAAAGAUUGUGAACGGAAUCCAACUUGGCAUUCAUCUCUAUGCUCAUGUCGUCUUCCUGGCCAUCACACGUCCCUCAGCAGCCAAUAAAAACUUCCCCUACCAUGUGCGUACAUCACAGAUAGGAAUUCUUCUCUCCAGUCCUAAAGGCAUGGGGGCAGAAAGCUUCCCUCAUCAUGCUUAUGGGAAUAGCUCCUUCCUGGGAGACUCUCAGCCAAACUUCACAGAGCUCUUCUCCAUCCACUCAGAUCCUGUGAAGACAAUAGAUGAGGCGGUGGCUCGGAAGGGACAGGAAGUGCCAAGAAACAGCGAGCGCAAGAUCAUCACCACAACCGCAGACCUGUCGUCUACAUUCUCCUCGCUUCCUCCACCAAUACCACCACGCAGCUCCGCGCACUCUCCUCCUCCUCCUCCCAGAUUAACAUCCCACUUCACAGAGUAUUUCAGUAUGCAAGGGCCCACAGGGAUGGGUUCCAAUGCCUAGAGCGGCCCAUGGAGGAACAGGCCAUGCGGAAACUAAUUCAAACAUCUGCAAGGUGGAAAAGAGUUCAAUAUUUCAAUAGAUUAUAUUAAGGCAAGCGUGAAAAAGUGGAGCCAUUUAAAAAAAAAAAAAGUUACCAAAACAUCUGUAUUGUUGAAUUCGUAAUAAGACACGCGAGCUGCAGGACGGGGAGAGAGUGGGAUGUAACCCGCUCCUAAAAAAUAAGAAGCAAUAAAUAUUUCAGCGACAGGAGAGAGAUAAUAUAAAGCCAGUGCAAUAGAGUGACAGGAGACGAGUAUAGAUACUUCAAUCUUAAUGUGAAAGUAGGAUAGCGAUGUGUACAGUAAAAGUACAGUGAGCUCAACAUAUUUUUUUAAUGCUUUGUUCAUUUCAAGUGGUGCCGUUAAUAUUUGUAUUUCCAUGCCAUUUUAAUGCAACAGAACCAAGUAUUCAUCUCCCUCAUGUUUUUACGUUUUUGAGAAUUAAUUUCCUAUCAUUGUCUGUACAGUAGAGAUAAUUUAGGCUUUUUUAAUAUAUUUUUUAUUCCCAUCCACAGUGAAAACCGCUAGAGACUGAUGUUAAACUGGAAGUACUAGGCAGUAUUUGUAAACCAUGCAUGUUUGUGCUUUGUCUACAUUCUGAUAUAUUCAAUGUAAUUUUGGGUGUGCCUAGUUCUCCCAACUAGCAGUCCUAAUUUUGUAUGCAGUAAACACUGUUUAUAGCUACAGUACUGUAUGUAGACGAUAUUUAACUCAAGCGGAUGAUGAACGAAGACUUGACAUGCCGUUCUUUUUGUAUUUUUCAUUCCAUAAUAGAGGUUUAGUCGGGAAAAUGCAGAGCAGGGGUGUGUGGAGUACAAAAACUCAUUUAACAGUUGAGUUGAGAUUCAAUUUCAGCAGACUUUGUUACAUAUUUGUACACGUAAUAACACACACAGUGGAUAUGGAAAUCUUUUAUUUUGUCAGUGAGUAGAAAUCGCCUCAUUCAGUCCAUUGGGGUUGUACUAGGGUUUGUUUACUUGAGUGUCUGAUGAAAUUAUAGCUCUGCUCUUACAGAAACACUUUGUAUCGACUGCAUGGAGCACUUUACAGUUUCUAAGCCCUUAUUAUCAUUGUAGACCCUUGAAAAUCUAACCAUAAUGAAAAACAGUGAUGUACAGUACAGAUAAAACAUAAAGAGUUUGUCUGUAAAAUUCACUGCUUUUAUUUUCUUUUUUUUAAACAAACAACCAGUUGUGGAUCAUAUUUGUUAUAUAUAUCCUAUAUAAUCUUGAUUGACCUGCUUUAAAUAUAAUCCUAGAUGUAAUAAUGACAUUUCUAUUCAAAAGUUAUUGUUGUUUUGUUUUUUUUAUGAGAAGAACCACACUUGAAGAAUCAUCAAAGCUAGGUUCCCAAUUUUUGUAUUGACAGCUUUGGUCAUUAAGUCACUUAAUAUUAAAAAAUGCUGAACUUGAUCUGUCUAAAAGCCACCAGAAAAGGCUUUUUCCAUCUUUUAAAAGGAGAGUUCACACAAAAAUGGAACUUCUGUCAUCAUUUACUCAUCACAUGUUGAACACAAAGGAAGAUAUACUGAAGAAUGGUGGAAAAAACAGCUGUUGAGGAUGGAAUGGCAUCUCUUGAAAGAUCUUCAUUCAAAUGUUUAAUUGUGUAGUGAAAAAGCAAACAUAUACAUGCCACAAAACUAUUUUCAUUCUACAAUCCAACCUUCUGGCUGUAUGAAACACUUUUAAAAAAUACAGAAAGAACACUGUAGUCAAUUACAACUGUUUUCACAGAUCAAACUGAGGAAAAAAAUAUGGAAUCACACAAAUCUGAUAAAAAUUAUAUGGAAUCAGCGUGUACUUUGCAGUUUUAAAACAAAGAACUGUAUCUGAUUACAACUGCUAAUUAGUCUGCAAUUAAAAGAGUGCUUGCACACCUUAGUGAGGUGUUGAACCAAGCUGAUUGGCAUGACUCACGGCUCCACUACGAGAGAGGUCGGUUAAAACAAAGAAGAGGAUUACCAUCUUCUCAAAGAAGGUAAAUCUUUGUAGAAGGUUGUAGAAGUGAAGCGUACUGGUUGACCACGGAAGAUGUCAAAGCGUCAAGACCGAAAGCUUAAAGCAAUAUGCCUUCAAAACAGAAAAUACACAACAAAGCAAAUGAGGAACUAAUGAGCAGAAAGUGGAGUCAAUGUCUGUGACCGGACUGUAAUCGCCUAAAAGUAAAAACUGUCAUUACCAUCUAAACAGAAAAGAACAAGGUUUCAGUGGGCUAAAGAAAGACAAUCUUGGACUGUUGAUGACUGGAUAUGGACUGACUGGAAAACAUGCAAAUUUCCACAAUCAUUAAUAAUAUGGGGUUAUAUGUCAGGGAAAGGACAGAUGGGAGAGAUGACAGCCAUUAUAAAUGCACACGUUUAUAUUGAGAUUUUGGACACUUUUCUUCCAUCAAUUGAAAGGACAUUUGGGGAUGAUGACAUCAUUUUACAGGUUGAUAAUGCAUCGUGCCAUAGGGCAAAUUCUGUGAAAACUUUCCUACAGGAAAGACAUAUAAUGUCAAUGGGAUGGCCUGCAAAUAGUCCAAAUCUCAAUCCAAUUGAAAAUCUGUGGUGGAAAUUAAAGAAAAAUGCCCAUGACAGGGCUCCAACCUGCAAAGCUGAUCUGGCAACUGCAAUUGACAAAGUUGGAGACAGAUUGAUGAAGAAUACUGUUAAAUACAUGCAUUAGACAAUUCAAGCUCUUAUAAAAGCAGAAGCAGAGCAACAAAGUACUAGUGGUGUUUUUAUUUGCUGAUUCCAUAUGAAUUUCCUCAGAUUUGUGUGAUUUCAUAUUUUUUCCUUCUGUUUGAUCUGUAAAAACAGUUGUAACUGACUAAAGUGUCCUUUCUUUUCUUUUUGUUAAGUGUUUAAUACAGCCAGAAGGUUGGAUUGUUGAAUGAAAAUAGUUUUGUGGCAUGUACAGUGUGUUUGCUUUUUCUUCUACACAAUUAAACAUUUGAAAGAACAUCUUCCAAGAGUGGCCAUUCCAUACUUUUUGCCAGGGGUUGUAUAAGGAGAACCAUUCAGUGUGAGUAAGUGAUAAGGGAAUUAGCUUUUUUGGGGGAGGUGAACUGUCCCUUUAAGUGAGUGUGUGCACAUAGCAGAGAAGAGAGAGCACACUUUAUGAAUAUAUGAUAGAUAUUAGCACAUCACAUUGGGGAGCACAGUAAGAUUUAGUUUAAGCACAUUUCUGUUGCACUGUUCAUACUGAAUGCAUUUUAAUAGUGUCAAAUGACUUGGCGGUGCAUACCUUUUUUGCCAAAUUAAAAUGGUCUGUUUUACUACA